CUCUCCUUGCCGAGGAGGCCAAAACCCCCACACACCAACACAACACUUCGCCUCUCCCUCCCUCCGCUGCGCCGCGCCGCUCCGAGCCCUCGUCCUCCUCCUCCUCCUCCUCCUCUCCCCACGCGGUCGAGAAUGUUCUACUCGCAUCAGCUCCUCGCGCGGAAGCAGCCGCUCGGCCAGAUAUGGAUGGCAGCGACGCUCCACUCGAAGAUCAACCGCAAGCGGCUCGACAAGCUCGACAUCAUCAAAAUCUGUGAGGAGAUUUUGAACCCCUCGGUGCCCAUGGCUCUGAGGCUCUCUGGAAUCCUCAUGGGUGGCGUGGUGAUCGUGUACGAGAGGAAGGUGAAGCUUCUCUACUCUGAUGUGUCUCGGCUUCUGACUGAGAUCAACGAGGCUUGGCGGAUCAAACCGGCCACAGACACCACCGUCCUCCCCAAGGGUAAAGCCCAAGCCAAGUAUGAAGCAGUAACAUUGCCAGAGAAAAGUAUCAAUAUGGUGGUGGAACAGCCCAUGUUUUUCUCAGAGACUGACGGUGCCAGGUUCCGUGGAAUGCGAUUGGAAGAUCUGGAUGAACAGUAUUUUAAUGUCAAUCUUGGUGAUGAUGACUUCUCUCAUGCUGAUCAUCGUCAUCAAGCUGAAGCAGUGAAUAUAACUCUGGUCGAUAAUUUUGAGUCUGGGUUUGCAGAAACUGAUGUGUUCAAUCGCUUUGAGAGAUUUGACAUAGCAGAUGAUGAGACCACAGUCAAUAUCUCUCCUGAUGAGCACCCAAAAGUUCCAAGUACACUGGUUCCCUCACCACCUAGGCAGGAAGACCCUCCUCAGCAAGAAGAACAGUAUGCUGCUCCCUUCCUUGUUCGUGAAGAACCUCAACAAGGGGGACCAGAGGAGCAGAAGAUGAAGCAGCAGCAAACACCUAAAGCAUCAAAGCGGAAAGCACGUAGGGAACUCCCACAAGUAAUUAUGGACAAUAACCAGAUGAUGAUCCCGGGAAACAUAUAUCAGACAUGGCUGAAGGAUGCAUCAAGCCUUGUCUCAAAAAGGCGUAAAGUUAACAGUAAUUUUAAUUUUAUUCGAUCAACCAAGAUAAGUGAUCUCAUGGACAUCCCCCCAGUUUCUCUAAUAUCUCAUGACAACUCGUCCUCAGAAUUAUAUUAUCCUAAGCCACUUAUGCAGCUCUGGAAGGACUGCACUGAAGUCAAGUCCACAAAAGUUUCUUCAGGAGGGCAGCGAUCAUCAUCACAAGAACAACAGCCGAGAAACUCACCACCUCAUGAAUUUCCACCUCAGGCUGGGGGAGAGUAUGAGAUGGAAACAGGUGGUCUGCCGAUGGACUUCACAGAUGGCAUUGAAAAACUCAGAGCAAACAUGAGUGCAGAGUAUGACAGAGCUUACGAUACUCUGCAUAGUGACCAUAGUGUUACUCCUGGAAGUCCUGCAGGGUUAAGUCGCAGGUCUGCUUCAAGCUCUGGUGGCUCUGGACAGGCGUUUAUACCACUGGAUGCAGAAGUACAAUUGCCAUCAGGAAGUGGAAGGUCCAAGAGGGGGCGGCAUUCAUCUGCAAGAAGCUUGGGGAAUCUUGAUACUGUUGAGGAGGAUUUUCCACUGGAGCUGGAAGUGAUGGACGUCAAGAUGAGAAGGCUUUCAGAUUAUGCGCCAACUCCUGACCUACUGGAAGAAACUGAACCGACUCAAACCCCAUAUGAGAGGCGCUCCAAUCCAAUGGACAAGGUCACAGAAGCAAUCAUGUCGCACCUCAAACUUCAUUUUGAUAGCCCAGGUGCCCCGCAAUCUGAAUCCUUAAGUCAUCUAGCUCAUGGGAUGACCAAAGCCAGGGCAGCCCGACUAUUCUAUCAAACAACCGUUUUGGCAACUUUUGAUUACAUCAACGUUACUCAGCUGAAACCUCACGGAGAGGAACUGUACGGAGACAUCUUGAUCUCCAGAGGAUCAAAGAUUUGACUUGGUGAUGUUGGAAACAGUUUUGGUGCGGUGGUUCUCGGUGCACAUCACGUGUUUAUAUUACAGAAUGCUCAUGUAUUGCAUAGGAGGUCUUGUAGGUCACACAUAAUAUUUGGUGAUUUGGUGAAGGAAAGGAAGCGAGAUAUGCUGCAGUAGUUUUGUGUUAUAUGUCAAGGGAAAAUUCUAAGCUGUUAUUUUCGAGGUUUGAUAGGUGGGGUAUAGUUAUAGCCGUAUAGUAGGACUAAGUUAUAGCCAUAGAUAUUAAUUAUCUUCUUCUGUGUUAAGCUUCCUAAGAAACUGUACGUCUGUACCCGACGUUAUCCAGACCCUUGCAAGAUGUACACACGUCAGAGAUGUUACAGAUGUGGAAUCUGGAAUCUGAAUGGUGGUUCUUUUCU